AUGUCGGUCAGAAACUCAUCGUCCGAGAAGCUGGACCCUGCGCCCCUCGGCCAGCCCCUCGAGUUCGAGUUCAGCGGCAAGGUUGCCAAGAACCGCUUCCUCAAGGCCGCCAUGUCCGAGCUGCAGGCCAGCUGGGACGACAAGGACCUCACCAAGCGAGGUAUCCCGAACGAGGGACUCGUCAACCUCUACAAGCGAUGGGGCGAGGGCGGAUUCGGAGUCAUUCUGCUCGGCAACACCAUGAUCGACUACGACCAGCUCGAAAACGCCGGAAACCACAUCAUCCCCCCUGGUGCUCCAUUUUCUGGAGAGAGGUUUGAAAAGUUCAAGGAAAUUGCCGCUGCGGCCAAGGCUCACGGCAGUCUUGUCUACACGCAGCUGAGCCACCCCGGGCGACAGGUUCAGGAGUACAUCCAGCCGAAUCCCAUUUCUGCCAGCGAUGUUCAACUCCUGGAGUCGGCCUUUGGAUCGUUUCCCAAGCCGAGGCCGAUGGAGAAGGAGGACUUUGAGAAGGUCAUCGACGGCUUUGCCCACGCGGCGGAGUACUGCUACAAGGCUGGCUUCGAUGGUGCACAGCUUCACGCCGCACACGGCUAUCUUCUGGCUCAGUUCCUGGCGCCAUCCACCAACCUGAGAACCGACGAGUACGGCGGUCCUCUGGAGAACCGCUCCAGACUCAUCUUUGAAAUCACAAAGGCGAUCCGCGCCCGCGUGCCGGACAAGUCCUUCAGCCUCGCCAUCAAGCUCAACAGCGCCGAGUUCCAAAAGGGCGGAUUCUCGCCCGAGGAAUGCAGACAGCUCUGCGCCGAGCUCGAGAAGAGCGGCUUCGACUGGGUUGAACUGUCCGGCGGCACGUACGAGUCUCUUGCCUUUGAGCACAAGCGGGAGUCUACCAUUAAGCGAGAGGCCUUCUUCAUCGAGUUUGCGGAGAUGGUUGUCCCCGAGCUGAAGAAGACAAAGGCGUACGUCACCGGUGGACUGCGGACAACGGCCGGUAUGGUCAAGGCGUUGGAGACGGUGCAUGGAAUUGGUCUGGGACGACCGGCUGCUCACGAGCCUGCGCUGCCGCAGAAGAUCCUUGAUGGGGUUGUGGAGGGAUCCAUCAAGCCGUUGAUAGGAGAGCACAACUUUAUGCUGACCAACUUUGCUGCUACUGCACAGAUGAAACUGAUUGGUCAGGGCUAUGAGCCCCUCGACAUGAGCCGGCCGGACCAUGAAAAGGUCUUUACGGACGCUAUGAACAAGUGGCUGGAGCUCAGCAAGUUGAAGGGUCCGCAGGGUCCGCCUUCGAUUGAAGGUGAAGGCAUUGAGCUGAAGCCUUAUGGAACUGCCUACUAA